AUGUGGUCGCAAUGUCCCUCCUCAUACCCUGCCUUUCCAUCUCCUAAAAUGACAUUCAUGCUCCUUACUCAUGACCCUCUCCGCUCUGCACCAGAAUCACCGACGUCAUUCAUAGCGUUUUACAUUCACUAUCCGGUUGUAGAAUGCUGCAUAGGAUCGCGAUGCGCAGUCAUCAGGCUUUACCGAAUUACUCGAGGACUGCUUGUUGACUUCACCCAGCUCGGGUGGCGUCAUGUUCGGCGGGAACGUUCUACCUGUAUUCUGCGUAGGAAACGAAGCAAUAACGGAGUUACUUUGGUCUAUGCAAGCGCUGGACCUGGAUAUUGAUCAUGACUACUCGAACAGCAGCCCAAAGCCAACUCGACGCCCACCUGCACACAAUCCGGUCAACCCACUUAACGUAUCCAACCUCAUCUUCCCUGACGGUUUUCUCCAGACUUACUUGCUUAUUAUACAUAUAAGCUACUUAUGACAGAUACCGCAAUACAUGGACGAUUUAAAUCAAAUAGCAAAAUAUGCUAGUGAAUUUAGUAUGCACUCCC